AUGGAGGAAUUUGAUUUUUAUUACUGCCAGCUUCUUUUAACGGAGCUUAUGCAGUCUCCAAUGACAAUUCCUCUCAGAAAACCUGUCAAUCCUGAAAAAGAUGCAGCUCCAGAUUACUACGAAAUCAUCAAAAAACCAAUGGAUUUCCACACAAUGAAAAAGAAGCUAAAUGCUGGAGAAUAUGCUUCAAUAGACAAUUUCUACAAUGAUGUCAAACUGAUUUGUAAAAAUGCAGAGAUAUUUAACGGGAAAAAGAGUAUGCUUGCUUUGGUUGGAGAAGAUAUUAUGAAAAUUACGAACAAAUGGCUUAAAAACAAACCAACUAAUGCUGACCAUGAAUAUUUUAGAAUUUUGGAAGAUGGAUCUAAAGAUUUAGAUUUUCAUUUAGAGCAUGCACCUCCAGAGAUAUCGUUUACACCAGGAAUUACAUUACCCGAAUGGUUCCAAGAUUCAAUGCUGACUACAGAAUUUAAAAAGACAUUAGAUCAAAUAGUUAAGCCAUAUAAGUCAGAAAUUCUUAGUAAAAUAUGGGCUUUUAUGGAAAAGAAAGAAAAACAGAAGAUUUUGGAAGUUAUAAAGGUUCUUGAACCUCCAAAAGCAGAAUCUGAACCACAGCCUACUACUGAUAAAGCUGAGUAA